CGUUAAGUCUAAUUCCAAAAUAUGUUUGGUUACUAUAUGCAAACAAAAGAAUGUGUUUGACAUCGUGACACAGAUUUUCCCCCACUAAGUUGGACAUGAAUUAUAGGUUGGUUCCUGCACUACAGGUGGACCUGUGGCAGCCCAGCAGUAUCUCCUAUGUAUCAGAGGGAACAGUUACUGAUGUCCAUAUCCCCCAAAACGGUUCCCGAGCCCUGUUAGCCUUCUUACAGGAAGCCAACAUCCAGUACAAGAUCCUCAUAGAAGAUCUUCAGAAAACACUAGAGAAGGGAAGCAACUUGCAAACCCAGAGAAACCGAAGAUCCCUCUCUGGAUAUAAUUACGAAGUUUAUCACUCCUUAGAAGAGAUUCAAAAUUGGAUGCAUCAUCUGAAUAAAACUCACUCAGACCUCAUUCACAUGUUCUCUAUUGGAAGAUCAUACGAGGGAAGAUCUCUUUUUAUUUUAAAGCUGGGCAGACGUUCACGACUCAAAAGAGCUGUUUGGAUAGACUGUGGUAUUCAUGCCAGAGAAUGGAUCGGUCCUGCCUUUUGUCAGUGGUUUGUAAAAGAAGCUCUUCUAACACAUAAGAGUGACCCAGCCAUGAGAAAAAUGUUGAAUCAUCUAUAUUUCUAUAUCAUGCCUGUGUUUAACGUCGAUGGAUACCAUUUUAGUUGGACCAAUGAUCGAUUUUGGAGAAAAACAAGGUCAAGGAACUCAAGGUUUCGCUGCCGUGGAGUGGAUGCCAAUCGGAACUGGAAAGUGAAGUGGUGUGAUGAAGGAGCUUCUAUGCACCCUUGUGACGAUACAUACUGUGGCCCUUUUCCAGAAUCUGAGCCAGAAGUGAAGGCUGUAGCUAACUUCCUUCGAAAACACAGAAAGCACAUUAGGGCUUAUCUCUCCUUUCAUGCAUAUGCUCAGAUGUUGCUGUAUCCCUAUUCUUACAAAUAUGCAACAAUUCCCAAUUUUAGCUGUGUGGAAUCUGCAGCCUAUAAAGCUGUGAAUGCACUUCAGUCAGUAUAUGGGGUACGAUACAGAUAUGGACCAGCCUCCACAACAUUGUAUGUGAGCUCUGGUAGCUCAAUGGAUUGGGCCUACAAAAAUGGAAUACCUUAUGCAUUUGCUUUCGAACUACGUGACACUGGGCAUUUUGGAUUUUUACUCCCAGAGAUGCUCAUCAAACCCACCUGUACAGAAACUAUGCUGGCUGUGAAAAAUAUCACAAUGCACCUGCUAAAGAAAUGUCCCUGAGACAGCCCAAGGCUCAGGUCAACUGCCAUAGGAUUCUGAGCAAGGCCUACUUGGGCCUGGAUAGAAACUGUUUUCAAAGAGAAGGGCAGCUGCUUAGAGCGAACAUAUCUAUGGACUUUAAAAAGACCCCACACAAUUUGACUUUAUGGCAAUAGAAAACAGUAAAAAAUAGGGCAUAGCCUGCUUUAUUAUAAGAAAAAGUAUCCAUUUUCUAUCCCUGUAGAGUCUUAUUUGAUUAUGGUGGGAGGGAAUAUUUUCAAAUUUCCCAUUUCUCAAGAAAUGUACAAAUUAAUUGAGGAUUUCCCUUCAAUAAAUUUCAUGUUCUCAAUUAA